AUGUCCGCACCUAACCCAAAAGCCUUCCCAUUGGCAGACACUGCUUUGACCCAGCAAAUUUUGGACGUCGUUCAACAAUCGCAAAAUUUGCGUCAGUUGAAAAAAGGAGCCAAUGAGGCUACCAAGACCUUGAACAGAGGUAUUUCUGAAUUCAUCAUCAUGGCUGCCGACACCGAGCCAAUCGAGAUCUUGUUGCACCUCCCCUUGUUGUGUGAGGACAAGAACGUUCCAUACGUUUUCGUGCCAUCCAAGACCGCUUUGGGUAGAGCCUGUGGUGUUUCCAGACCAGUGAUCGCCGCUUCGGUCACCACCAACGACGCUUCGUCGAUGAAGAACCAGAUCUACGCCAUCAAGGACAAGAUCGAGACGUUGUUGAUCUAG